AUGCUUCCCUUGUUGGCUGCGUCCACAGCGGCCUUCGUAGCGCCGGCCACUGUCGAGCGACUCCUCAAGGAACGCGGUCUCGAAGUGCCAGGCCUCGAUGCUGAGGUGGUGGCCUUGCUUCAGAGCAUGCAAAAAACGGUCGAUGCGAAAAGUCGAUUUAAACAGAAAAUAUCGACAGUAGAGGAGAGAAACAUCUUGCGCGACGCGGAAGAGGAAGACGAUGACGAGGACGAACUGGAAGAAGACGAUGCAGCAGAGGACAUCUACACGAGGUUCCUUCGAGAAUUCCUGAACUCAGCAUUGCCGGUACAAGUCGCUGCAGUCCUUAAGUCGAGCUCCCGUGUGGAUUUCCCCGCGGUCGUUAGCGAAGUCGUGCCCCGGCUCAACAUACACCUGCUUUUUCAGCAGAUCAAAGCUUGCUGCUGCACCCACCGUUUGCUCGGUUUUACAAGGUAUGUCGAGGCGAAGGCAGCCCGGCGGCGGGUAACAGUCAUUGAUCCCGUAGAUGACAGAUCAAUAGGAAUUUUUGUGAAGGUAACAUACGCAGAGGCCCUACAGCUGAGCAAUCCAGUGGUUGAGGUGAAGUACGUGAAUAGAACAAGAGGCAUCCACGUUGCAGUGACGACCAAGGCAGUAAGCGGAGAGAAUCCGAUGAUCAACCAGCUGGUGCACCUGACACUUCCGAAGGUUUCUAAAGAAACGGAGGCUUUGAUGGACUUGACAAAGCAGGACAGCUACCUGAUUCUGAAUGUUUUUGACCACCAUCAACGUGAUGUACCCCCUGCACGCCGCUUCCUCGGAUCGAUUACUCUUCCGUGGAGUCUCAUCAUUGGCUACGGUCUCGAAGACUGCUUCUGGACGCCCUCCCAAGGGGAGGAAUACGGAAAGCAUGAACAACAAGGUUCUUCCUGGAGAUCUGCCAGAGGUCUUGACCUUUCUGGGUCGCUCUUUCUGCUUUGCCGACUCGUUGCUCCGCUGUUGCCCCCUCCCGAGGUGGCAACUCCCCGGAGCCCUCGGUGUUUCGAGCGCAUCGCUGCAUUUAUAUCACUAUUUCCUGUUGUUGACGACCGCCUGCUCCUGUCGAUGCACGCUGGCGACCGCAUAUGGAUGACCGCACAGGAGCAGGUGGACGUUGGCUGUGGCGACAGCAGGGGGCACGCUCUGCUCCUCUGCUGCUUCUUCAGCGCGUUCGAUCUGAUGCUGCAGACUCAGUGCACCAAUUACGUGGCCCGAGGUAUGGGAUCCUCUGGAACCCCGCUGCGUGUUCUUGCCAUCUGCCGCAUUCCGCAAGCGGAGCAGGAAGCAAGCGCAGAAGAGGUCCUGUGGCGGAGGUGA